AUCCUGAUCAUAGACAUAUAAGAAUAUACCCUGGUUAAUACUCUUUACCUGCUGGUGGUAGUAAUGCGUCAUUAAGUUGUUUGCCAACCGCCAAGAAUACAAGAAGAAGAAGAAGAGAAAAAAACGGGAGAAGAAGAAGAAGAAUGGCUGAUUCAGAGAAGGAGGAAGUCAACAAGACAAGCACAUGAAAGCAACUCACUAGUGGUGUAUAAACCAGCCCACUGAUGGCACUGGAAAAAUUUGUGUCCCAGACUCUUGAGCUUCUGCAGGAAGAGCGAGAGGCAGAAAUAGAUGAAACCAGAAUAUGGCAGGAAAACGUUUCCUUGAAGGAUCUUCAAAACAAAGGCGUUUGCCUUCUGAAGCUGCAGGUUGGCAGUCAGUCCACAGGCCUGUACGGUCGCACGGUCGUUGUUUUAGAGCCAAGAAAGCAUCUAGGUUUCUCGUCUCUUCCGAGCAACAGUUUUGGGCCAGGUGAUAUAGUGGGCUUGUAUGACACCUCGGGAUGUUCAACAGCCUCACAGAUAGCCACAGGCAUUGUAACGAAGGUCGGACAAGCAUCUGUAAGUGUGGCCUUUGAUGAUCUGAAGGAUGGUGUCAGUUUUGACAGAGAUGCUCUGUACAACCUCUUGAGGUUAGUCAAUGAUGUCACCUACAAGCGAAUGAAGCGAGCCUUAAAUGCACUAAAUGGAUACAACAACGGACCAGCUGCCAGUUUGAUAAGCGUUCUGUUUGGGGACACAAAGCCGUCCUCUAAUUCACAGCUGCAUGAGGUUGAGUUUUUUAACUCAAACUUAGACGAUUCCCAGAGAGAAGCUGUAUCCUUUGCCCUCUCACAGAGAGAACUGGCUGUGAUUCAUGGACCUCCAGGCACAGGCAAAACCACCACGGUGGUGGAGAUCAUCCUGCAAGCAGUUAAACGAGGCCAAAAGGUUCUCUGCUGUGCCCCUUCAAAUGUUGCAGUGGAUAAUUUAGUGGAAAGGUUAGCCCGCUGCAAGACUAAAGUCUUGAGACUCGGUCACCCUGCUCGGCUGCUGGAAUCUAUCCAGAAACACUCGCUGGAUGCCGUCCUCGCUCAGGGCGACAACGCAAACAUCAUCACUGACAUCCGUAAAGAUAUUGACAAAGCAUUUAUGGGUAUGAAGAAGCCUGACAAAGGAGAGCGGGUCAACUUUAAACGUGAGAUAGGAGAGCUGAGAAAAGAGCUGAAAACCAGAGAGGCAACAGCAAUCACCCAAAUCCUGAAGGGCGCCGACAUCGUGCUGUCAACCAACACUGGAGCCUGUGAUGACGGUCCUCUGAAGUUCCUGCCGGCUGAGCAUUUUGAUUGGGUGGUGAUUGACGAGUGUGCUCAGGCUCUGGAGAGCAGCUGCUGGAUCGCUCUGCUCAGAGCACCCAAGUGCAUCCUGGCUGGAGACUACAAGCAGCUACCGCCAACCAUCAAGUCUCAAACAGCUGCAUCUAAAGGCUUGUCUUUGAGUCUCAUGGAGAGACUCAUCCAGAUGUACGGAGACUCAGUAGUCCGAAUGCUGACUGUUCAGUACCGCAUGAACAGCGCCAUCAUGGAGUGGGCCUCCAGAGAGAUGUACAGUGGAAGACUAACCGCUCACAGCUCAGUGGAGAAGCAUUUAUUAAAAGAUCUGCCAGGCGUCGCUUGUGUGGACGAAACCUGCACUCCGCUGCUUCUGAUUGACACCGCAGGGUGUGGUCUGGCUGAAAUGGAGGUUGCAGAUGAGCAGUCUAAAGGCAACCAAGGUGAGGUCGACAUCGUUGAACUGCACAUUAAAGCCUUGACGGAAGCUGGAGUUAAAGCUAAGGAUAUUGCUGUCAUCGCUCCGUACAAUCUACAGGUAGACCUUCUGCGUCAGAAACUUUCAGCACGACACCCAGAGCUGGAGAUAAAGUCUGUGGAUGGAUUUCAAGGCAGAGAAAAAGAAGCUGUGGUGCUGUCGUUGGUUCGGUCCAACAGAAAAGGUGAGGUUGGAUUUUUAGCGGAGAACAGACGGAUUAAUGUUGCUGUUACUCGAGCACGGCGCCACAUCGCCGUUGUGUGCGACACACAAACUGUUCAGAAUCACGCUUUCCUGAAGUCCCUCAUAAGUCACAUGACUGAAUUUGGCGAAACGAGGACCGCGUUCGAAUACCUUCGAGAUAUCGUGCCACAGAAUUACACUCGUGAGCAAAAAGACACGAAGAACUGUUCUGCUGCUUCGUCCUCCACAUCUGCCAGACGAAAGGUCAGAGAGGAGAAGUCUUCAAACAAAGUGAAGGAGAGUCAGAAAAAAGGCACAGAUGGCAGCUCUAAGGGCAAUACUGCUGGUUCACAAAACCACACAAAGACCCACUCUUCAACAGAACUGAGAGAGCAACAGAACAACAAAAGAUCUGCUGAAAUCAGGCAACAAGUGGAGAACUUUAUGAAGGACCUCAGUCUAAGUAAUUUACAGUUCCCCUCAUCGUUCAACUCCCAUGACCGGCUGCUGGUCCACCAGAUCGCAGAGGAGCUGGCUCUAGUUCAUGAGAGCAAAGGAGAGGGCAACGACAGGUGUAUCACCGUCUCCAGGCCAGCGAAGGUUCAACAAGCUCAAGAAGAAACCCAGGAGGAAGAAACGGUUCUUAGUCUGGAACAUGAGUCAUCCAGUCCACCUUCAUUAGACCUGAAAGGUUUACACCUGGAGAGAAUGAAGAGAGAGCAUCAGAGAAGGGAAGAGAAGGCUCAGCAGAAACAUGUUCCUCCAGCCGGUCAAGGACGACCCAUAAAAAAGACCAAAGGAAAGAACAAAACUAAAGCUGGAGCUUGUGACAUCGCUGCUGCUGCUGCUCCAGACGAUGACUUUGACUCUCUGAUCAGCACAGUGGUGAAGGCGGACAGUGUUUGUAGUUUUGUGAAGUGUAAAGCCUCCGUGUUAACGCUUGGACAGCAUUGCAUCUUCUGCAACAGGCAGUAUUGUCUCAGUCAUCACAUACCAGAGGUUCAUGGCUGUGGAGAGAAGGCCAAGUCUCACGCCCGGAUGAGAAUAAGUAAAGAAGGCGUUCUCUAUGCUGGCAGUGGAAAGAAAGACAACUCCUUGGACCCCAACAAGAAGGCCUACCUGCAAAGAAAACUGGACUCUAAACUAAAAGACAUGGCAACACAAAGGAAGCCAAAGAACAAGGAGAGUUAAUGCAACUAAAUUAACUGUAAUUUCACUAAAUGUGAUAAUAAAACAACUUGAAUGUUUGUGCAGAAAUA